AUACAAUGCGACAUAUACCUAUACUACAGGUGAUAAUGCGUUCAUUAUGUGAAAUAUCUGGUUUAAAAAGCCAACCGAACCGACAUCGUUCUCAGUGUUUAUUGUUUUGCCGGUAGGACGAGAUUUUCAGUUAGAGAUUAACAAGGUCUAUGUGGUAGGACGUUUAAACAUUGACGCUAAAAACAUGAAAGACAAAAUUAAAAUUCAAUUUCCUGAAGGAUUUUUGCUUGGUGUAUCGACAGCAUCUUAUCAAAUUGAAGGGGCAUGGAAUGAAGAUGGAAAAGGAGAAAAUAUAUGGGAUCGACUGACUCACACUAAUCCAGAGUCAGUCAAUAAUUGUGACAAUGGGGAUACUGCCUGUGAUUCGUAUCAUAAAUAUAAAGAAGAUGUAAAAUUAAUUAAAGAUAUAGGGUUCCAGAAUUACAGAUUCUCAAUAAGUUGGUCAAGAAUUUUACCAAAUGGUGAUUUAACUUGCAUAAACCAAAAAGGAAUUGAUUACUACAAUCGUUUAAUUGAUGAAUUAAUAAAUAAUGGUAUUGAGCCAAUGGUGACAUUAUAUCACUGGGACUUACCACAACCUCUCCAAGAUAUUGGAGGCUGGUUAAAUCCAUUGCUGGUAGAUUAUUUUGAAGAUUAUGCUCGCUUAAUUUUUCAAUUAUAUGGUAAUAAGGUUAAAUGGUGGAAUACAAUAAAUGAACCAUUAGAAAUAAUUCAUGGCUAUACUGAAAGAAGAUAUGCUCCAUAUCUCAGCUUGGAUGAAUUUGGUGGUGAUUACAUGGCUGGACAUACAUUACUCAAAGCUCAUGCAAGGGCAUAUCAUGUUUAUGAUAAAGAGUUCCGAUGCGCCCAACAAGGAAAAUUAAGCAUUACUUUGAGUGGAUUCUUCCAUGUUCCAAAAUCAGAUUCUCAAGAUGAUAAAGAUGCCGCAGAAAGAGCAAAUCAGUUUGAACUUGGUUGGUUUGGACACCCUAUAUAUAGUAAGGCAGGCAACUACCCACCAAUAAUGAGAGAACUAGUUGAUAAAAGAAGUAAAGAAGAAGGCAGAAUGAGAUCUAGAUUACCUACAUUCACACCUGAAGAAAUAGAAGAAAUAAAAGGAACGUACGAUUUUUUGGCAAUGAAUCAUUACACAUCAAGACUAUCUACAUCAGGAAUUGAUCCAAAAGAGAAAGCUAGAUUUCGCGAUGCCAAUUUUAUAGAUUUUAUCGAUGAAAACUGGCCAGUGUCAAGCUCUUCGGAAUGGUUUAAAGUUGUUCCUUGGGGGUUCCGUCAAAUGUUUCUUUGGUUGAAAAAAGAGUAUGACAAUCCACCAGUAUUCAUUACAGAAAAUGGAUAUUGUGACUCAGGACAAAUCACAGAUAUUGAUAGAAUAAAUUAUUUCAAAGAUUACAUUGGUGAAAUGUUGAAUGCAAUACACAAGCAUCAGUGCAAUAUAAUUGGUUAUAAUGUUUGGUCCCUUUUAGAUAACUUUGAAUGGACUAGUGGAUAUGGAUGUAAAUUUGGAAUUAUUCAUGUUGACUUCAAAGAUCCAGAACGAAAACGAACUCGGAAAUUAUCAAGCAAAUUUUUACAUGAUAUGAUUGAACAGAGGUCUAUUCCAAAUGUUGAUUACUCAGCUUAAAUAUACUUUCAUUGUAAAUGCAAAUGAUUGAAUUGAUUUUUUUUUCAAAUGUAAAUAUACAAUUUUUCAAAUAAAUAAAUCGAAUUGUACUUGAAUUACUUACACAAAAUAAAAUGAAUAAAUCCUA